AAAUAAAUUAUAUUGACGUCAGCGGAACAAAUCAGCCAUGCUAAUUGGAGCUGUACAAAAGUUCGCAUUGUAGCGUUACUUGUACUUUUGAACAGUUUAGUGGAGCUUACUGAAAUAAAACGUACCUCGAAAUGGUAUUACCACUUUUUAUUUUAAGCCAAGUUUUGCUUUUUGGCAUGAAUAUUGGAGUAAUUGGAGGUCAGGAGGAAGUCAUAUACUCCACGUCUAUAUUGGGCUUGGCCGAGUUAAAAAAGGUUGAGGAAUUGUAUAUAGCGAGGUUGGUUAACUAUACGGAUGCACUGCAAAAAAAGGUAGAGGCGCUGAAAACAUUUAUUGAAACCGUAAACCAAACUAAAUUCGAAACGGUAGAAGAGCGUAUGAAGUUUGUUUCAAAUCCAUUGAAUGCUUUUGGACUUGUUCGACGAGUGCAUGUUGAUUUGCAAAAGAUCCAAAAGUACAUCAAAAAGAGGGCCUCUAAAGAUCUUAGGGAAAUGGAAAACCUAUUAGCUAAAGCACCCUCUGAUGACGAUAUGAACGAGGCGUUAAAAGGCAUGCAUCGCAUACAGAAGAUAUACGAUCUGCAGGCUACAGAUUUAUUCAAAGGAUUGCUUUCGGGCGUACAAUACAAUGCCCGAUUAUCUUCGUACGAUUGCUUAGCUAUAGCCGACUAUAUAUUCAACAAAACGGAGUACACUAGGGCCGCUGAAUGGUAUAAGGUGGGGCUCUAUUAUUUCAAGCCAAUUGUCAACAGGAUACUGAAGCAAAUAUUUAACAUUGACCAUCUGGAUACUCGCAAAAAGUAUCUGCUGUGCCGAUUGAAAAUAAAUGGUCCUAAACGUACGCAACAGUUUCUCGCCGAACUCACAAAGGAGCCAAAAGCAUUUGUGCAAGAGACGCUACCAACAACAAUGGAGCUGGGUUGCCGGGAACUCUUCGCGAAAAGAAACAGAAUGAGGUGUCGCUAUAAUUUCACGACUACACCAUUUCUCCGUUUGGCGCCAAUGAAAAUGGAAGAGAUCAGCAGGUAUCCACCCAUCUGGCUGUACCAUGAUGUGAUUUCUGAUAGCGAUAUAGCCACUUUGACAAGCUACUCUUUGUCGGAUUUGAGUCAGGGUUGGACCGAUCAGUAUAAAAAAGAAAAUGAAAAGGAACGUACUUUUCAGACGACACCCUAUUAUAGUGAUGGUGGGCCCUUAGAUAAACGCCUUCAUUCACGCAUAGUGGAUAUGACAGGUCUUGAUGUUGGCUCAAGAACAAACUUUAAAGUUGCUAAUUACGGUCUCGGUGGCUAUUUUCCGAAUCACACCGAUUUUUUGAACAUUACGAAGCAUCCGAGUAAAUACUAUAAUAAUAAGGUAGAUGAUCGGUUGGCAACAGUAAUAUUUUAUAUUGGAGAUGUGCCUCAAGGCGGAAAUAUUGUAUUUCCACGCGCUAGAAUCUCGGUUCGGCCUCAAAAGGGAACUGCUUUAUUUUGGUAUAAUUUGCACAACGACGGGAAACCAAAUAUGUUAUCAGAGCAUACCGUAUGUCCCGUUAUUGUAGGCAACAAAUGGACCUUGACAAGCAGCAUUCUGGAAAGAGAGCAAAUGUUCUUGAAACCGUGCUACAAAUAGCUGUCGAGUGUUCUGUAAAUAGUAGCCUGGCACUAACAUCGGGGUCCUGGACGGUAGUAAUCGAAAACUGCUGAUGACAUAAAUAGGCUUUCUGUUUAUCUUACGAGUCAUUUCCGGUCGAACAUGCAAAUAGUUUGCUGAAAAUAUCGUUAUAUUUCGCAGAAAAAGAAUUUAUUUUAAUGAAGUACAAUCUUAUACCUAAACAUAACUUAAUUUUUUUAAGAUGUUGGUGGAUCUUUUUGUGACCUUGUUUUAAAACAAAUUUAAACUAAUUGUUUAUACAUAUUUACUGUAUAUCCAAACAUAAGAAAAACGAGAGGUGGAAAUAUAAUUAUAUAAAAAUAUA